AGUGACAUCCCCAGAGGACGGUGUCCUGCUCAGGGGUUGCAGCCUGCGCUCCUCCCUGCCCAGCUCCGGGUAGACCAGCACCCAGCCCGGUGCUGCGGGCUCCGUGCCGGUGUCCCCGAGGGUCCCUGCCCGGUGUCCCCGAGGGUCCCCGCUCGGUGCCGCCGGGGGUCCCGGUGCGGCGGGGCGGUGCGGAGAGGCGGCGCGGGGCGGAACGCGGCGGCGGCUCCGCCUCCAUCCCCCCCCCGCCCUCCCCGCCCGGUGGCAGCUCCGGGCACGGUUCGCGGGAGCAACUUGGCGGCUCGUCCCCGUGGUGCCUGUGCCCGGGCCAGCGCGGCCAUGGCGGGCGGGCGGCCCCGCCGCCCCUAGAGCCGCCCGAGCCGCCGGAGCCACCGAGAGCCGCGGGAGCCACCGGAGCCGCCGGGAUGAGCGCUCUCGCCUUCGACGACGCGGCCCUGGAGGGGCUGGCACCGUCCCUCGGCCUCUCCGGGGCCAGCGACAUCGACACGGCCCUGCUCAGCGACAUCGACGACAUGCUGCAGCUGAUCAACACGCCGGACAAUGACUUCUCGGGCUUGUUCGACUCACCGUUCAGUGCCCCGGACAGCGCCGUGCCCCCGGGGCUUCCCUCCACGCCGGGCACCCUCAACACCUUCCUGGCUCCCAGCAAGCCGGGCCCCGCCGCCCCCACCGGCAGCGCCUACGCGGGGCCCCCCGGGAUGGCCGCCUUCACCCCACCACCUCCGGCCCCGCUCCUGCCAGCGCCAUCCCUGGGUGUCAAGGAGGAGCCGCCGUCCGUGGUGCCCAGCAGCCAGCCCCAGCCCCAGCCCCAGCCCCAGCCCGGCGUCAUGCUGGCCCCCAGCUUCGUCCCUGCGUCCCCCAGCCCGUUCAGCCCCCAGCCCUUGGUGGGCUACCAGAACCAGCACAGCUUCUCAGCUGUGCAGCCUGGGAGUGCGGGGCAGACCCUGCCAAGCCCUCUGCCCGCCCCACAAGCCAGCCAGCCCGUGACGCUGCCCGGCCCCGUGCAGAAUGUGGCACCCCAGCAGCUCCUGGCCCCCGCCGCCCCCACCAGCCAGUCUGUGUCACCACAGAUCCAGUCGGUGCCGGUUCUCCUGCAGCCCCAUUUCAUCAAGGCUGACUCCCUGCUGCUGACAGCUGUCAAGACAGACGCCAGCAGCGCCAAGACCUCCACCAUCGCCUCCCUGGCCACCAGCGCCAGCGGCUCUGCCACCCCGCUCCAGGUGCCGGCGCUGGUGAGCGGAGGGACCAUCCUGGCCACGGUGCCGCUGGUGGUGGACGCGGAGAAGCUGCCCAUCAACCGGCUGGCGCCCAGCGGGAAGCCGGCGCUGCUGCAGAGCCGCGGCGAGAAGCGCACGGCCCACAACGCCAUCGAGAAGCGCUACCGCUCCUCCAUCAACGACAAGAUCGUGGAGCUCAAGGACCUGGUGGUGGGCACCGAGGCCAAGCUCAACAAGUCGGCGGUCCUGAGGAAGGCUAUCGAGUACAUCCGCUUCCUGCAGCAGAGCAACCAGAAGCUGAAGCAGGAGAACCUCACCCUGAAGAUGGCCAUGCAGAAGAACCAGCCUGUGAAGGACCUGGGGACCCACUGCAGCCGGGGGGCCAAGGCGGAGGCCCCCAUGGAGGUGGUGAAGACAGAGGUGAUGGAGAUGCUGACACCGCCGCCCUCGGACGUGGGCUCGCCAUCCCACAGCAGCCCACUGUCACUCAGCGGUGGCAGCAGCAACAGCAGCAGUGACUCGGAGCCCGACAGCCCCCUGUGUGCCCAUGGCAAGGUGAAGCAGGAGCAGCCGCCGCCCUCGCCCAGCAGCCAGGGAAUGCUGGAUCGCUCCCGCAUGGCCCUCUGCGCCUUCGUCUUCCUCUGCCUCUCCUUCAACCCCCUGGCCUCCCUCCUCCGGGGUUCUGCCUCCCCAGCCCCCUUGGGGAGCCAGGACACCGCUGGUCCCGGCAGGAGCAUCAUGGCUGUGUCUGGCGCUUUGGAUGACCCGUGGGGGUGGACGCAGUGGCUGUGGCCCACCUUGGCCUUCUGGGCACUGAACGUGGCGCUGGUGCUGGGCGCGGUGGUGCGGCUCUUCGUCUGCGGGGAGCCCGUCACUCGCCCCCACUCCGAGCCCUCCAUCCUCUUCUGGCGGCACCGCCGGCAGGCCGACCUCGACCUCGACCGGGGAGACUUCGCGCAGGGGGCCCAGCACCUGCGCACGGCGCUCGGGGCGCUGGGGCGGCCGCUGCCGGCCUCCCACGGGGACCUGGCCUGCAGCCUGCUCUGGACGCUGCUGCGCCACCUGCUCCAGCGCCUCUGGGUGGGGCGCUGGCUGGCCGCCCGCGCCGGGGGGCUGCGCCCGGACCCCCCGCCCCCUGCCCACGUCCGCCAGAGUGCCCGCGACGCUGCCAUGGCUUAUCACCGCCUGCACCAGCUCCAGCUCGCCGGGAAGCAGGCUGGGGGACAUCUGCUGGCCAUCAACCUGGCGCUGAGCGCUGUCAACCUGGCCGAGUGCGCCGGUGACGCCAUCUCCGUGGCAGCGCUGGCCGAGAUCUACGUGGCGGCUGCCCUGCGGAUCAAGGCCAGCCUGCACCGCUGUUUCCACUUCCUGGCGCGCCCCUUCCUCUGCAGCGCCCGGCGCGUGGCCCUGUCCCACGGCGGGGCCGUGCCCCCCGCCAUGCAGUGGCUCUGCCACCCCUUGGGCCAUCGCUUCUUUGUUGAUGGGGACUGGGCAGUCAAGGGUGUCCCCAGGGAAACCAUCUACAGCUCCGCCGGCAACCCAGUGGACCCGCUGGCUCAGGUGACCCAGCUCUUCCGUGAGCACCUCCUGGAGAAGGCGCUGUGCUGCGUGGCCAUGCCUGAGCCCGGCCGUCCCACUGCCCAGGGAGAGGGGCGGUUCUCCGAUGCCCUCGAGUACCUCCAGCUGCUCAACGGCUGCUCGGAUGUCAGUGGCACACCUGGCCCCACACCCUCCAUCUCCUCCGGCUUGGCGGCUGUCACAGGCACUGACCCCGUGUCCAAGUGGUGGGCAUCCUUCAUCGGCAUCGUUAUCCACUGGCUGCAGGGAGACGAGGAGGGGGCUGAGCGCCUCUACCCGCUGGUGGAGACCAUGCCCCGGGCACUGCAGAGCUCUGAGAAGCCCCUUCCCCGUGCUGCCCUGCACUCUUUCCGAGCUGUCCGUGCCUUGCUGAGCAAACAGGAUGGGAGCCAGGCCACCCUGGGCCACUGUGAGAAGGCCAGCAGCUGCCUGCGGGAGAGCCUGGAGCUGGGCAGCCCCUCCAAGGGCACCAUCGACAAGGCGGUCCAGCUCCUGCUCUGUGACCUGCUGCUGGUCACCCGCACCAACCUGUGGCAGCAGCAGAUGGGGGCGAGCCAGCAGCGCAGCUGCCUCUACCAAGCAUCCGCCCUGGAGCUCCGCGGCUUCCAGCAGGACCUGAGCAGCCUGCGGCGCCUGGCGCAGACCCUGCGCCCCGCCAUGCGCCGGGUGUUCCUGCACGAAGCCACUGCCAGGCUGAUGGCCCGGGCCAGCCCCACGCGCACCCACCAGCUGCUGGACCGCAGCCUGCGGAGGAGAGGGGUGCAGGGCAGCAAAACAGCUGGCGAGCCGGAAAGCCACCACCCCACGCCCCGGGAGCACGCCGAGGCGCUGCUGCUGGCCUGCUGCUACCUCCCGCCCAGCUUCCUGGCGGGCCCGGGCCAGCGCGUGGGGAUGCUGGCCGAGGCCGCCCGCACGCUGGACAAGCUGGGCGACCGCCGGACGCUGCACGACUGCCAGCAGAUGAUCAUCAAGCUGGGCAGCGGCACCACCGUCACGUCGGGAUAGGUGGGGAAGGGGCCGCCAGCCCCCUGCCACCCCCGCGGGUGCGGAAUGCGGGGCGGCGGGAAGCCGUGCCUCAGUUUCCCCGCAGGGUGAUGUUCGGCAGCGCUUUUGGGGGCGCAGGGGUGGGUGGGGAGGGGUCGGGUGAUGCCUGAAGGGUGCGGGGCGGGGGUCGCAGAGUGGGGCGGUCACACGGGGGGUACCCUGGGUGGGCUCCCCCCGGCCGUGUCCGUGUCCCCCGCCCGCGCGGGGACGGGGCGUGGGGCCCUCUAGUGACACUGCCGCAGUAUGGCAGGGCACCGCGCGCGCGGCGGCCACCCCCGGUGCCACCCGACCCCCCCCCGGUGCCACCCGCAUCCCCCCGCUGUCACCCGUACCCUCCGUGCCCACCCCACCACCCCCCCACCCCGGGGUCUCUGCCCGGCCCCCACUGCUGCAGGACCCCUUGGGUUCGGGGCUCGCUCUUUUGGGGAGGUGUGGCCCCGUGGCAGCGGGGAAGUGCCCCCUGUCCAGCCCUUGGUAGGCAAGAGGGGACCCCCACCGUACCCCCUCCUCCCCAGCACUGAUCCCCCCCCCUCCCCAUUAAGAGCUGCCACCCCCCCGGAGCACAGACAGGCUUUGGGAGAAGGGGUGGCAUGGUGGCACGGGGCUCCUGGGGGACUGGUGGGUGCCCCUGUGUCCUUGCUUCACCCCCUCUUGUACAUAGCCCCCUCCCCUCGCCUCGCCCCGCUCCCCUUUUCCCUUUUUAAACGGUAUUUUCAUAGUUGGAGAGUUUUGUACAGACGAUUAAAGCCGAUUAUUUAUA